UCAGAGAAGGGUUUUGUAGCCAGCAGCCCUUUGCCAGUGGUCAACCUGAGCCUCUGUCUCCCUCUAGCUUACAAUCAUGAGCUUCUCUUCUUCUUCCUAUUCCUCCUUGAGACCUCAACGCUCCUAUGCCUUCGGUCCUCAGUUUGGAGGAGGCAGCAGCUCAGCUAGUGUACAUGCUGGGGCAGGAGGCUCAGGAGGCCGGAUCUCAGUGUCCAGAGUAUCUACUGUGGGAUCUGGGUUCGGUGGUGGGUUUGGUAGUGCCUCCAGUUCUAUAGCAUCUGGAGCUAGUCUCCUAUCAGGCACUCAGAAUGAGAAGGAGACCAUGCAAGGGCUCAAUGACCGUCUGGCGUCCUACCUGGAGAGGGUACGUAGCCUGGAAGCAGGCAAUCAGAAACUGGAGCUGCAGAUUCGCCAACAUAUGGAAAAGAAGGGACCCUCCAAGGAUUGGUCUCCAUACUUCAAAGUUCUGGAACAACUGCAGAGACAGGUGUUUGACAGCACUGUUGAAAACUCUCAGCUAGUUCUGCAGAUAGACAACGCACGUCUUGCAGCUGACGACUUCAGAGUAAAGUAUGAAUCUGAGCUGGCUAUCCGACAGUCUGUGGAGGCAGAUAUUAAUGGAUUGCGCAAGGUCAUAGAUGAUACCAACAUUUCCAGACUCAACCUGGAGAAUGAGAUUGAGUCUCUGAAGGAAGAGCUGGCUUUCCUGAAGAAAGCCCACCAAGAUGAAGUCAAUGACCUCCAGGGCCAGAUUGCUGGCUCUGUAGUGACAGUGGAGAUAGAUGCCCCUAAAACCCAAGACCUUGGUAAAGUCAUGACAGAAAUCAGGGCACAGUACGAUGAUCUGGCACAGAAGAACCGUGAAGAUGCUGAGAAGUGGUAUCAAUCAAAGGUGGAAGAGCACACUAUGCAGAUCACAGAGGACACAGUGGCUCUCGAUACAGCAAAGACCACAGUUCUAGAGCUGCGUCGCAAUGUACAGUCUUUAGAAAUAGAACUUGACACCCUGCGCAAUCAGAAACACAACCUUGAAGGUUCCCUCAAUGAGACAGAAAACCGAUACGCUAUGGAACUGGAAAUGCUAGGUGCCAAUGCCCAGUCAUUCGAGGCAGAGUUGACACAAGUUCGCAAUGACUGCCAGAGACAACAACAAGAGUACCAGUCACUGCUGAACACCAAGCUAAGACUGGAAGCUGAAAUCCAGACCUACAGACGUCUUCUUGAUGGAGAUGACUUUGACCUCCAAGAUGCCAUUUCAGCAUCAACAACACAAACUGUGAAGAAAAUAAUCACAACCACGCAGAAAAUAGUGGAUGGAAAGGUCGUAUCAGAAAGCAACGACACACAUGUUCUGCAGUCCUAAUGACACAUCCAGCACCUGGAAACACUGUCUGUCAUGUCCAGUACAUUUCAUUUAAUAAAGAUUCCAGGUUUUAAUAAA